GAGAGAGACUAAGACGGAUAACGCGUCAUCUCGCCUUCCCAAAAUUUCCCCCCUCACUAGACCGGGUCCAAAACCUCCAUCCGGAGCCGGCAGGAGAGGAGAACGAUGUUUAACUCGGUCAACCUGGGCAACUUCUGCUCGCCGUCGCGCAAAGAGAGGGGCGCUGACUUCGGCGAGCGAGGGAGCUGCGCCUCCAACCUCUAUCUACCCAGUUGCACUUACUACGUGCCCGAGUUCUCCACGGUCUCCUCCUUCCUGCCCCAAGCCCCCUCUCGUCAGAUCUCCUAUCCCUACUCGGCCCAAGUGCCCCCGGUCCGGGAGGUCUCCUACGGCUUGGAGCCAUCCGGCAAGUGGCACCAUCGGAACAGCUACUCUUCCUGCUAUGCCGCGGCCGACGAGCUUAUGCACCGGGAGUGCCUUCCUCCUUCCACAGUCACUGAGAUCCUCAUGAAAAACGAAGGUUCCUACGGCAGCCACCACCACCCCAGCGCCCCACAUGCUGCCCCCGCCGGGUUUUACUCUUCAGUCAACAAGAACAGCGUCCUGCCUCAAGCCUUCGACCGUUUCUUCGACAACGCCUACUGCGGUGGCGGCGACGCGCCCGCGGAGCCCCCCUGCUCCGGCAAGGGCGAGGCCAAGGGGGAGCCAGAAGCGCCCCCGGCCUCGGGACUGGCGUCCCGGGCUGAGGCGGGGGCCGAGGCGGAGGCCGAGGAGGAGAACACGAAUCCCAGCUCGUCCGGUUCUGCCCACUCGGCGACCAAGGAGCCGGCCAAGGGAGCCGCCCCCAACGCCCCCCGCACCCGCAAGAAGCGCUGCCCUUAUUCGAAAUUCCAGAUCCGGGAACUGGAGCGAGAGUUUUUCUUCAACGUGUAUAUCAACAAAGAGAAGCGGCUGCAGCUGUCUCGGAUGCUGAACCUGACGGACCGACAAGUGAAAAUUUGGUUUCAGAACAGGAGGAUGAAAGAAAAAAAACUAAGCAGAGACCGGCUGCAGUAUUUUUCGGGAAAUCCGCUGCUGUAACUGCAGACCGGGGCCCUUUUUGGGGGAGGGAGGGAGGGAAAGGGGGAAAUUAUUUUAUUUUAUUUUUAUUUUUUAUUUUCUAACUCGUCUUUUUUCCGCGGGUGGAAAACUGGACUGGCCAGGGCUGGCCCCCACCGCCGUUGC